AGGCAGUUGAGAUGCUAAUCUGUGAAAUGUAUUACGAAAUUGCAUGUUGGUUUCAGAUGUACGAUGGGUGAUGUCAGCUGUUUGUGGUCAGUGUUCGUAUCUAAAUUAGUUGAUAUCGGUUUGUAAAAAUGGGUGGUAAACAUAAGCAGGCGCAGAGAACUAAAAAUAAUGCCAAGCCAUCUAGCAGUGGAAGGAGUGCAGAGUUACUUGGAAAUUUAACUCCAACAUUUGUGGGUUUUACUGCAGUAAAGGAUGGAGGUUUUGUCCCAGUUCUUCCUGGCUUUUCAGUUGCAACAUCUGAAGAAUUUGACCCAAAUCUUUCUCCAAAUUUUCAUCUAGUAUUAAAAAAAAUGGGCAAGAAGGAUUCCACUACAAAACUGAAGGCCCUUCAAGAAUUUUCAGAAUUGAUUAAAAAUUCUGAACCAGAGGCUGUAAAAACAGUUUUGCCGCUGUGGCCGCGGCUGUACUGCCAUUUAGCUGUUGAUGUAGAACAUCGUGUUCGUGAAGCUGCACAACAGGCCCAGAGAGCAGUGGUACUGAGAGCCAAACGUAAUCUUGCUCCUUAUCUACGCCAGCUGGCUGGUCCCUGGUUUACAUCCCAGUAUGAUACCUACCCUCCAGCUGCCAGUGCUGCUUCUUUAGCAUUCCAGGAUGCCUUCCCUCCAAAAAAAGUGACAGAAGCUAUCAUAUUUUGUCAGGAAGAGAUUCUGAAUUACAUCUGUGAUAAUCUUACAGUCCACACAGCCCAGACAUUGAGCAACCCAAAGGUUGUGACAGCAGAGGAGAUGGGGGCUAAAUAUCAGCGAGUAGUUGUGAGCAGCUUGCAAGGCUAUGCACUGUACCUCCAGAAGCUUCCAGCUGAGCAACUACAGGCUGCCCAAGAAGCCAACAAGAAGCUCAUUGCCUCCAAGAAGUUCUGGAAAAUGUCAGUCCAUACUUCAGCAUUAAUCCGCAAUGCUUGGUUCUCUGUACUUAUUGCUCUGUGCCAGAAAGCACCAUAUUUAUUGGCUGAUGAAGGAGCUCGUGUAGCACUUGCUGUAUUUGGUAAUUUAGAUGAAACAGACCCUACAGUAUUACCAACAGUCUGGGAAGCAUCACUUCAUGUGCUUACUACACUUGAGGAUUGCUGGCAGCAUGUGAAUGCAGAGAAAUUUGUACUACCUAAACUAUGGCAUAUCCUUCGUGAGGGAGGUCAAGGCAAUGCAGCUGCCAUCUUUCCAAACCUUCUUCCAUUUCUUAGCAAGAUCCCAUCUACAGUGUGCUCCAAUAAGCAUGACUUAUAUGAUAAUUUUCUUGACAACAUGCGUCAUGGUUUAAGCCAGAAGUUUGUGAUGCAGAGUGCUUCAGAAUGCAAUGCCAUUGCCAGAUGUUAUGUUGAGUGCCUGAGGUAUAUUGUGAUGCUCCAUCUAAAUGAAUCUGACUUCUGCCAGGCCCUUGUACAGAAUCAUUUGAUUGCAGCAGUAGAGUUGGUGCUGAAGGAUCACAGACUACACUUGGUUUCUACCUCAUUGUUUCCUCAAGUGUCAGGCCUUCUUUAUCACUGGAGUAACAGUGAAGGGUAUGGCAAUCUAGUGCAGCUUUUCUGGGAUCACUUAACAUCUGUCAUACUCGAGUCUUUGUCCUCUAUUUACACUGGAGGUUCAGUCCAGCCCAGAACCAUGUCUGUGGAAUGGCUUCUGAGUAGACACGUGGAACUAUGUCUUUGUCUUAAGAAUCCAAAGCAUCAGAGGUGUAGCCGAGGACUUAAAGUUAAAUUCAUUUCCCCUGAAAUAAAUUCUGAAUAUGAAAGUUCGGAGCCAGAGAGUACAACAUAUACUGAAUUGUGUAUAUCAGACAAUAACAUUGACAAAUAUUUACUGACUUUAGUUCAAGUUAUUAGUGCCUCUUACUUGAGGAAGUCAAAACAAUUUGAAGACCCAGUUUUUUUGUUGUAUCUUACCAAGUUGACAAGAGCAUUUGAGUCAAGAGAAUUGUUCUUAAGUUUGUUAAAAGUUGAUAUUGCAGAAGACAAACAAGCGGUCUAUAAUGAGUCUUUGGUUCAACUGUAUGACUCAACAUUACACAAGUGGCUACAGGAUGAAAACAUUUGUUCUGAGAAUGUCGUACACAUCACAUUUGGUUUGUUGAAGUUUCUGACAGAUGAUGAGAAGGACCACAUUCUGGAGGCUUUGGGCAAGCUGUCCAACAGAUCAGUGUUGCUGUGGUGUAUUACAUCUGCCCUGGAACAUCGGUCUGAUCACUGUGUGCAGAAUUGGUUGUAUGGUGCCCAGCUAAGUCAGAUUCUUGUCUCCUUAGCACAGGACAUUAGCACUAGUAAGACUGCCGUGGAAGCAAAACACAUACUUGAAUGCUGCCUUGCCAAAACUGCGGAUGGAGAGUUGGUGAUCAGCCAUGCAGCCUUCUCAGACAUUCUGUCUGAAUUCUCACGAGCCAUUUCCUCUGCUCAUAAUGAGGCCCUCUGUAUUGAUUUUGUGAUGGAGCUGGUCAUGUCACUGUAUUCCGUUGACCUCAUGUUGUGUCCAUUUCUGCACUCCAAUUUGGCUGCAGAAGAGUUGUUACUCUCCUUGUUUCGGUUAAGUUGCCAGAAUAAUAGGGGCAGCAAAAAGGAAGUGAGUGAUGCAUGGCGUGUUGGCAUCUCUUCACUGGCUCGGCUGCAUGGCAGCUGCAGUGAGAACUUCCAGAAGUUUGCAUUGAAGUUUGCUGAGGUUGUGAAGGAAGAGCUUUUGAGGGAGGAUGUUUUAAUGGAGUCGAUUGAUCACACUGUGGAUACAGUUGUGUUGUUCCUUCACGCGGCUGUGAUGUGCUUCCAGACUGACACUGAUGAUCAAGCGUCCUAUGUAUUGACUGCAGUUGAACUUGGCUUGGUUUUCUUAAACUCUUUGUCCUCCAAGAUUGUUGCCAGUGAACACAAACUAACAGCUAUUUGUCUACAUGCAGAACAGUUGAAGGGUUUGCUAAAUCUUAACGACAAACAUUCGCAAACGCAGUGUCCACUUGAUGGGAACUCCCAUAGUAUUGGCAAGUCAUGUACUGGUGAUGAGGAAAAUAAUAUAGAAUCAGAGGAAGAAAUUAUGCAGUAUGUUAUACUAUUACUAUUUUCAGUCACACUUAUUUCAAAGUUACCUGAAUGUUGGAACCGAGUGGAAGAAGGUGAGAUAAGGGAUGAUUCAAAGCAAGCAGUUGUUGAGGAAGAAACAUCAUGCUGGCUUUCAAGCAGCUGUGUUCAUCUAUUGGAGGAUCAUCUUCUGAUGGGAAUUUAUUCCACAGCACUACACGAGUCCUUCACCAGACAUUACAAGAGUUCAAUAUAUUACUACAAGAUAUUUUCAAAGUAUGAUAUUUUAAAUGAACGAUUUCAAUCGUUGAUAUAUACUUUUGAUGCUAAGACAACAGAAUAUAUCACUCACAUUGCUACAGGAAGAGCUUUGCAUUGUGGACAUUUAUGGGUGCAGGCAGUAUACCUCUUGCACACGCAAGUGCUGAAACGAACAGAUCUGCAGGAUCUUUACUUAGAUCUUACUUCAAAUGCAGGAUACGAGAUUACUGGAACAAUUCACAUAUUUGAAACAUUUCCAUCCUAUCUGAAGGUAGAAGAUAUGAGGCCAGACUUGGCAACAUUGGACGAGGAUAAACUACUUAUGGUAACUUGCUGGCUGAAUCACUUAGAAGGAACUGUUCCUGUAGAUCAUGUGGACUUCCUUCUCAGUUUUCUAAAUUCAGUGCUAAUUUGGUAUCAGCAGGAUGAUAAAGCUGACUUGUUAUUUGACUGUAAAGUGAAGAGGUCUCAGGUUAAAACAGUUGUAGCAGCAGCCAGGUUCCUGGCUGCAGUGAUAGAAAAGUGUCCAGAGCUUCUGACAUCUAGUCUGUGGGAUACCACCAUUAUCUCACUUGCUUCCUGGAUGCUGACUGUGAAAAAUAGCCGGAAUUUACUCUUCCUGCCGUCAAGAAGUGGCAUACUACCGUUGUUGCCCAAGACUCUGACAAUCAAAGUCAAAGAAAGAAGUUGCGAGUCUCCUGGUAUAAAUAUGAAAUUGUCUACAGUUUCCAAAUCUAAUCAGAUGGCUGAAUCAUUUUGUGUGGACAGUAAUAAUGAAACUGUAUUUGCACUGGCUAUCUUUCAUCUUUAUAAGGCACUGUCCAACUUCCUGACUGUAUCACAUGAUAACGACAGUGGUGAUGUAAAAAUGUUCCAUGAAAAGCUGAAAACAGAGUGGUUGGAUGUAUUUUCUGAAGAUGUCCAUGGGGCAAUUGUUUCCAUAUUUUAUUCAGUUACUGGUAUGGUAGAAACCGGUUCUGUAUCGCUGCUUGAUCUACCACUGUUGGAGAGUCUGGGAGAGGUUAUGCUGCACAUUGAUCCAGACUACUUUUUAAAGUCUGGCUCCACAAGUAAUUAUGCAGCUCUUGAUACAUUGAUGCAGUACUGCUUUGAACUACUACAUUCAUCUCUGAUUCCUCUUCAGCUCACAGCGUAUCAUAUGCUGACCCGACUGAUCCAUGGGCUGAUUGACAUAGAUACACAGGCAGCUUUUGCUGCUGCCGCUGUGGAUAAAGAUAGCGAUGGACUGAGCCUAGCAAAGUUGCAGAACUCUUUACGUCAGACACAGACUGUUGUGGACACCAUGCUGCAGGGUAUUCGCUUGGGGGAUAGUUGCAUAGUGCGUCCAUUUACUGAUUGCUAUACCUAUACAACAGCUUACCUCCUGCUUUGGGCUGUUGUUCUUGAAAUGUGUGGGUUGGCUGCCUCUGAGCUACGUUAUCACUAUGCAACCAUGCUUAGGGAUUCAGGUUCUGUAAAGAGCCUCCUACAGAAUGUGUUUCGACUGAUGCCUGAACAAGUGUUACAAGCAACAGACCCUAAAUUUAAGGUCCAUAAAGCAUCAGAAAUGUUUGCUUCUGCCCCGUCUCUGGCGUUUUCCCAGGUGCAUAGCAGUGAGAUGUUGGAACAUAUGUCUUGCUGGGUAUACUACAGUGCUUUGCAGAGGCUUCCAGCACUAGUGCGGCAGUGGUGGGGUGACAUGGAGCCAAGGGUAGCAAGCCUUGUGGAACACAUUACAUCAGUACACUGUGCCCCUCUUUUAUGUGCAGAGGAGAUGAAGGUGAUCCAGGGCAAAGACAUGCAUCAUGGUAACAUGCUGGUGAAGGUGUACCCCAGUGUACGAGAAGUGGUGGCAUUGUAUAAAGUGGAUGAAGCGUGCAUGGAAUUGUCUAUUCAACUUCCCAGUAACUACCCACUGGGUCCUGUUCAUGUUGAAAGCGGGAAACAACUUGUAGAUGCUGGUCAGUGGCGUAACUGGAUGAUGCAGCUCACAGUCUUCCUAACACAUCAGAAUGGCUCCAUCUGGGAUGGCCUGGCACUCUGGAAGAGCAACUUAGACAAGCGUUUUGAAGGAGUCGAGGAGUGCUAUAUUUGCUUUUCCAUUUUGCAUGGCUCAAACUUCCAGAUUCCUCGGCAGUGCUGCUCCACAUGCAAAAAGAAAUUUCACUCCAGUUGCUUGUACAAGUGGUUCAGUACAAGCAAUAAAGCAACGUGCCCCAUCUGCCGCAAUCUCUUCUAACUCAUGGAGUAUUUAAAAUUAUUAAGACUAAUAUUAUUGUAAAUUGAAUAUUGUGCUAAUAAAAACUUAAGCUUGUUGAACCUCCAGGUUCCCUGCAAUUCCUUAUGUUUUUUAA